AUGCCGAAGCGUCGAGACAUCCUGGCUAUCGUGCUGAUAGUUCUUCCCUGGACACUGCUCAUCACCGUGUGGCACCAAAGCACCAUUGCUCCGCUGCUUGCCGUGCACAAGGGUGAGGAGAAAGCCACCAGUCUGGGCCAACUGCGCCCACCUCUUGCUUCCACUACCGCCAACCCAACACCCCCAUGGCUCAUUCCCAGUUCUUCCAUCAUCACCCUGCUCAUUUUCAUCCUCGGGCAGCUCACAGCCACACAGCGUUCUUCCAAGCUUCUUGCAGGGUGGAAACGGUUUUGGAGUUUAUAUGGGUUGGUUUUACUUAGACUGUGUACAUUCUCUCAUUUAUUCUGCAUCCAGUGCAUCCCCCACCCAGAGGCAGCAAUGCUUCUGAAUGCCAGUUGCUCAAAACUGCAGGAGGAGAGGGUUCCUCUCGGGGUCAAAUCCUGCUUGCCAUUUUCCCACUGAGAAUAGGAUGCUGGACUAGGUAGGCUCCCCUUGGCCUGAUCCAGCAAGGCUCUUUCCGUGUUCAGGAAGCAGUGUACACAAGAUGUUAACCUCCUUCCACUAGGGCUCGAUGAUAUAUGUUUCCUACCUUGGCCAAAUCAGACAGACAGUGGCUCUCUGGGCUCCUUUGCAGCCGUGUUGCCUGAUCCUUUUACCUGGGAGAUGCCAAGGAUUGAACCUGAUUCCUUCUGCAAGCAAAGUCCGAGCUCUUCCACUGAGUUGUAUUUCCUUCCCUGUUUAUCUCUCUUGGCUUGCAGCCACAGAGAUGAGGUUUAUCUCCAUGACUCUUGUCAAAUCUUUCAUUUUUAAAGCCCUCUAAACUCCUGGCCACUGCAGCAUCUUGUGGGAGCAACAGGGCUUGUUUUGCAUGUAGGAGGCAAAAGACAAGAUGUCACCUCCCUCAGUCAGGUAGAGAAACCUCACCUUACUUUACCUCACCCACACUGAUCCUGAAGUUCCCUCCACCACACCUAAGGGGUAGUUGAGAUGGGUCAGGACAGGUCACAGGGCACACACAGACCUGUCUCCCAGCUGAGAGAAACAGAUGGAGAACUCAGGAAGAGCAGCCAGGAUCCAGUGUGACCUGUGACAGUUAAGGACUAGCAUUCCUAGACUUCCCAUGACUGGUAAGGAUAAGGAAUUUGCCUUUUGUCAAGUCAGAUCACUGAUCCAUGCAGCUCAGUGUUGUCUACACUGGCCAGCAGAGACUCUCCAGAGUUUCAUGCAAGGAGUUUUCCCCAGCCCUACCUGGAAAUGUCAGGAGUUGGCCCUGGUACCUUCUGUGUACAACAAACGUGAGCUAAGACCUCAUCCCUGCCAGACGACUUCUAAGCAGAAGCCAUGGGGGAGAAUGAGACCGUCUUUACUGGACACCUAAAUAAACCACAACAUUGGUGCUCGGUGAACAUCCUUGAGGAAGGUGUUCCUCCAAAAAGGCAUCAUCUCCAGGUACCACCCAUCUAAUUUCUGAAAGUGCAAUACAUGGUAUAUGCAGCUGCAGUAAAUGGUAUCAGUGAAGGGUCAGGCUUAUGUGGAAACAAGAAGUUGCCUUAUGCCCAGCUUAAGCACUGGUCAGCUGAGCUCAGCAUUGUCUACACUGACUAGCAGGGGAACUCCAGCAUUUCAGAGAAGAGUCUUUCCCAUCUGUAUUUGGAGAUGCCCAGGACUGAACCUGGAGCCUUGUGGUUGCCACUGAGCUACUGCUCUUUGACCUUUCCAUAAAGUAGAAUGCAAUGACACAACCUUAAGUACCGGUAUAUGUUUCAUUCAUGGAAGUAUAUUUUCUGCUAACUUUAUAUUUUGGUGUAUUUCCUUUUUUUUCCAUUUAAAAAUAUUUUUAAACCAUCCUGGGAAAAUGGUUGGAGAGAGGUAUAAAAAUGCUGAUAAAAAAUAAAUAUAAAUAAUAAAGUUAGUGCCAUUUAGCAUGGCCACAGUUACGGAGCUCAUUUCUUUAUUGUAGUUACAACACCUUUCUUCUAAGGAGUUCAGGGUAUUUCUUCUAAGGAGUUCAGGGUAAUGUAUACAUGGCUCUUCUCCUCCUCCUUUAAUGAUGGGAGUUAAGAAUAAAGCAACAUCUGAUGGACUACAAGUUCUCCCCUGUCCUAAACUGAUCAUCCCCAAGGUCUAAUAAGAAUCAACAAAGAAAAUCCUUACCAGGCUAUCCAGGAUUUUAGUCCAAUAUACUCUGGAUUAUGCUGGUCUUGAUGCGAACCACAAUGCAAGCUCUAAAGGCUGGUGUCAAUUACUUUGGAUCUCUCUCAAAUGCAUUUUUUUUUGGGGGGGGGGUCAUAAGCUAGAACAGGAUUCUCCAACUUCAGAUAUUUUGGACAGCAACUUCCAUCAGCCCCAGGCAACAGGGCCAAUGGUUGUGGAUGAUGGGAAUUGGAGUCCAAUAUGGAGGGCAUCACCGCAGUCACCUCUGCCAUAGAAAACGGACAGGCUUGUGUGGAUGCAGACAGUUCUUGGCAUACAAACUCAGAAGCAAGAUGAAGCAUUACAUGUGGGACUGUUCAGUCACGACCUUUGGGCGAAUGCUGUUAAAUGGAGGUUGGGUGGCUUUAAAAAGAAGAUUAGAGAAAUCCUUGGAAGAGAAGGCUGCUACUAGUCGUAACAGCUAUGAGCUACCUCCAUAAGCAGAGGCAAUUUGCCUCUGACUUCUGUCACUAGGAAUCACGAGCAGGAAGAGUGCUGUUGCACCCGUGUCUUGUUUCUGGGCUUCCUACAGGCAUCUGCUUGGUCACACUGAGAAUAGGAUGCUGGAUUUAGAUGGACCAUUGGUCUGACCUUCUAAGCAAAUUUCUUCACCUUUUGGAUGAAGCUAUGGACAAAGCGUUUCACUACAUUAGGAUUAAAAUGUGGUUGAGCCGCUGGUAUGCUGACUGAAAUGGCUCCAUGAAUCAGCUACCCAUUCCUGGAAAGAGCAAAAAACAUCUGACCUUUAACUGGUAAACAGACUCGUGGGGCAAUUCUAUUUCAGUCCAUUAUGAAUAACCUUAAAGUAUGGGGGAGUGGCCAUGGCAGCUAAUUUCUUGCAACCACAGGAGAGCAUGUCCAACUGUACCUCGAGUAAUUGCAAACAGAAAUUAUUAUUAUUAUUAUUAUUAUUAUUAUUAUGCAUUAAUGCUGCUGCAGUUGUAUUCAUUCAGUGCCAUAUGUGUACAUGGACAUUUCACAAGGCCACAAACAGAUGGGUUUUCACCCACAAGGAGCCUACAAUCUAAAAUAGACCAUGCAUUCUUAUUCGUAACAUCUUGCUAGGAAACAUGAACUGCCACCAUAAUGUGUUGCCCAAGCAUUGCUCUUUCAGGUGUCUUGCGGCUGGUGUGCCUGGCAAUAGCCCCUUCCAACUUCCACAUCUGGAUUAGGAACUCUGGCUUUGCUUUGCCUGAACUGUCGUGGUUUCCCCAAAAGGAUCUUGAGAAUUGUAGUUGGGUGACGAUGCUGAGAAUUCUUUUCCAGAGAUGCCUAAUGUCAUGUACUGGCUGGAUGCCGAAAAGUGGUGGGAGGCACCAGCGGGGAAAUCCCUCACAGGAACCCCAAAUUGAAGAAGGCUCAGAGCCAGGGAAUUGGCAGUAGGAUGAUGAGUGGUCAGAGGGAAAAGUGGUAGCAGACUGGCAGGAGGUGGUGUCGGAAGAGAUAACAGGUUUUAGUGAGCAGGAAGAGGCUAAGGCAGAGAACAGUCCAGAACCAGGGACAGGGGAGGAGAGGAGAGCAAAUACAGAUUGAUAAAAUACAGGCAAGAUGACAGAGACUCAGAUUGCUUGGGAAGGAACCAAGGGUGGAGACUUAGGUAGCUGUGGGCAGGUGGGAAUCUUCAGUCCUUGCAACUGUCUCAUAGAAGCAAACUCUGCCAGGAAGAGUGGCUGUGCUCACUAGGCCUGGCCUCCUGGGCUUGUCUUGUUUCUUUGAGUAAAUAGUUAACUGAACUGAAGCCAGGUUAUUGCUGACCUGUUCCUGGCAUCCACCUCUGGCACCUACAGUAAGCACGCAUGUCUCCAAGAACUGCAGUGUUCAGGUUUCCCUGGAGAAAAGGAAAUAACUGUCCAACAAUGGUGCAAACAGGGUUUUCAGGGCACUGUAUGUGGAUUGAGCCCUCUGCCCCAGCCACAAUCCAUUGACAAGAAUGGGCAACCCCUGCUGAUACAGCAGGUUCAACUGCAGCCCCUCUUUAGUGAUCCUGUUGUUCACUUGGUAUAAUCUGUAGUCUAGAUACACCAAAAGAGAAGAUGCUGCAGGAAUCUAAUGAGAUUGUAUGAUGAGCAUCCAUAAACUGUCGGCAGUCACCACCGUGUUUUGGUAUACGGUAUAUUGUUGCACACUCCUUGCUACCCCAUUUACUGAGAAGUUCCAGGCUAGUUUGGUUUCCUUUGGACAGAAGAGAGCACUUAUGGUGACUGUGUAACAUUUUGCUUUCAUUUACAAGAAGGAAAGCAGGGCAUAAGCAGAAACAAACAGGAGGUCCUCCAAGCUCCUACAUUAUUUCUUUUAAAAGAAACACUCAAGAGACUUCUCUAGAAGAUCAUCUGCUGCCAUGGGUGAAACAUCAACAGGCCAUGGGUGAAACAUCAACAUCAAAUGUGCUAUUGGUCUCACAAAGUAAUAAUCAGCCAGUAGCCCUGAGGGUAGAGUCAUUGUUUUGCCCAAAUCUGGCUGGUUCCAUUUGACUUCCCCACAGCUCUCUUGGACGCAUUAGUUGACAAUUGUAUUCUUCCAAAUGCUACAUUUCCCCCCCUGCUAUUAAAAUUAAUGCCUAAACAAAAUUCUAAACACUAGAAUUUUGGUUCAACAUUUACAUUUUAAUGCAGACCUACCUAAGUCACCCCUUCUGAAACAUCACUUGAACCAAAACACAUCUAUCCUAGAAAUUCACUUUUCUUCAAAUGCUGUGAUGCAGUUCCCCAACCAAAAAAAGGGGUACAAAAAUGCAUAUGUUAGAGGAAAGUGUGCUUAGAAACACAGAUAUCCAUGAAAACAGCACACCAAAUGUAAACUCUCUCUAUAUAUUGUACAUACACAGGAGAUUGCUGACAAAAUGUGUAGAUUAGGCAAAACUUCGUGUUAAAAAUGUGUAGGUUCAGAGAAGCACACAUUAAAAUGCUGAUGAAUUAUCAUGAGGACUUAAAAGUACUGAUUUGGAAAUGUAGCUAAGUGAAUUUAAGAUUGGGAAAGCAAGAAACUAAGCGAAACCAAAAUUGAUAGAUUUGGGCCUGCAUCGUGUGUUAUGUUUCCUCAUUUUCUAUUUUCUUUUUUUUAAAAAAGGUGAAAAAAUAGAUGUUGAUAAUUAUACAGUACCAUCAAUUUUCCAGAGUAUAGGACUCUGUCCCAAGGAGCUUACAAUCUAAAAGCCAGCAUAUUGGGUAUGAGAGAGGAGUGAGAGGGUAUGCAGGAGAAGACUUGGCUGUUAUGGUUGUGGAUUGGAAAAUCCAGAUUGUCUUGGUGCAGAGCUGUGUAGAUCAUAAAAUCGCAGAGUUGGAAGGGAGCCAAAGCGUCAUCUAGUCAACCUCCUGUAAUGCAGAUGUGUCUUGAGUUUCUCCCCUCUCCAUCCUUUCCUGCUAGUGUUUGGUCUCUGCUCCCAACAAUCCAAACUGGAAGAGUUUCUUGCUUCUGAGCGGCCUUCUCAGCUUUCUCCAGGGAGACUAACCAGUUGUUCCCUCUCUGCCCUUCUCCUUCCCAUGCUCCGCUGCAGAAGAUGGUGGAGAUGCCCGUCGCGACUUCGUCCAAGGCUCAGACUCCAAGGAGUACUGCCUGUCUGACCGUGACAUUGUGGAGGUAGUUAGGACAGAGUAUGUCUACACCCGACCACCUCCCUGGUCGGACGCCUUGCCCACCAUCCAUGUCGUCACACCCACCUACAGCCGGCCGGUCCAGAAGGCGGAGCUGACACGGUUGGCCAACACUUUUUUGCACGUGAUGAACUUGCACUGGAUCCUAGUGGAGGACUCACAGCGGAGGACCCCUCUCGUCACCCGGCUCCUGAGGGACACUGGGUUGAACUACACCCACCUCAAUGUGGAAACCCCACGCAACUACAAGCUGAGGGGUGACAUGAGGGACCCCCGCAUCCCCCGGGGGACAAUGCAGAGGAACCUGGCCCUACGGUGGCUGAGAGAGACCUUUAACAAGAACAACAGCCAGCCGGGGAUUGUUUACUUUGCGGAUGAUGAUAACACCUACAGCCUGGAACUCUUUGAGGAGGUAAGCUGCCAAGGGGUGGUCUUGCCCUCUGGGUUAGGUUGCCACUCCUGA